GAUGUCUCUAUUGUCGAGAUUUACGAGACGAACAAGAACCAGAACGAGAAAGACAAAUAACUAGAAAGAUUCAAGAUUCAUGUAAUCUCUUUGAUAUUACUUCUACAUAAUUACAAUUACAAUUUAUAUGACGAAAGUAUUGAUGUGAAUAUAAUUUUUAAAAUGAUUGUUAAAUUGAGGAGUAACUUAACAAAAUUAUAAUAUUAUUCGAUUCUUUUUCGAAGAAAAAGUUUUCUCCGUAUCCGCAUCAUUCUCAGCGCUUCAAUUUCUGCGUCCGUUCACGUCCCUUUUCGCAUUUUCCGAGCUGUUGUACGUGCGCCUGUUAAUGCAAUAAGCGUAUCGGCGAAAACCUUAAAUGCCGCGACCGGUGCACUAAUUUCAUUUCGAGCGACGAGUAAAGCGUUCGAUGCCACUACUUUAUUGCGUGUCCGCUUUUAAGCUUCCGGUUUCGUAUUAAUUUAUCGAAUAUUUUAUUUCGGUGGGAAGGCAUUUUGGGGAUCAAUAUUCGGUGCUCAAAAUGCUCCGGAUAUCAUAUUAAUCGAUGAAUUUCCCACGAGAGGAAAGGGGGAAAUUGCAAUUAUAACGCGGAGACCGUGUUGAAAAACCGACGCGAGCGGUUUAUCAUUCAUUAAACUACUUUCGCCUUUUAAUAAAUUCUAAUACGACACGUAACUGCGAGCGUGGCUUAUUUUAGAUGGAAGAUCAUUAUUUCGAAGCUGAUCGAUGGUGCUAAUGGAAAAAAGAAACGGGAAAAGUGAUGCGCUUGUAAUAACAUUUUAAAGAUAAUGCACUUGAAGCUUUUAUUAUAUUUUAUCUCAUAAAGUGCUUGGGCUCAAUCACGCUGCCAAUAACCGUUAUUAAUUCGCCGUGCGGCGUUUCGCCGGGAAUUUUCGAUGAUAAAAAAAUUGAAGGAGCGACGCGUCGCAACGCAGCUCCAAGACGCGAGUGGACACUCGCCGUAGGGCGACGCAUUUUCGGCACGAAGGGGUCCACAUAGCUUUCGGCAGGGCGGUGUUGCGGUGUUGCGAUAUGCCUUUAGGAACGAGUGCGGUCGAAUCAAGUUGGCAGUACUGGCGCUUCCCGCGUCGAGUGUACGCAUGGCCGCGAUGCGUGAGUGAUCGGCCGUUAAAAAAAUCGUUUCGGAGUAGUGUCGCGAUGGAAAGAAUGGCGAUUAACAAAUCCUACGAAGACGAUUACGGGAAUCCGAUGGCCUGGACGUCGGCACCUACCGAGAUGAGCGACGCGUGGCUCCAAAACAGCGAUCCUCCAAACGAAGCGAACUUUCCGGAACAGCGGCCGGCUACAGCGCAGCAACAGAAACAUCAAAAUUUGGACCGACACAAAAGCGGGCCCAGGAAAAAAUCCACAAAAGAUCCAAAAAAGAUAGCGAGCGUGUGGUCCGUAGAAUGUGCCAUGCAAUUGGGUCUGCUCCCAGAAUCAUCCCUGAAAAACAUCACCAUCGUGAAUACCUUGGACUUCGAUUCUAUGCGUAACGACAGGAGCGCAGAGAGCUUUGUCGAUCUCGAGACGAGCGAUCACGAGACCGUGCUCGAGACGAGACUGUCCAAGUUCACGAACAGGUUGAAUGCCACGUGGCCCUUGAUCAUCCCGGUGUCCGAUCCCUCGUCGAGGCCGAUUCGCAAGCGAAGCAGGCGGAAAAAGAGAUGGACGAUAACACGACGUAGGAAACCGAGGAACAGCGUAGAUGAGGAACUCAACGACGCGACGGCGGACUCGACGAUCAAGAGAUCCGCGUCGUCGCCGCUUCGACGUAAGCCGAAACGGGGGAAUCUCGGCGUGUCGACUGAUGCUUGGGAGAGAUUAUCAGACGACAACUUUUCGUCGACGCAACUUCACGCUCGGUCACGCGAUCAUGAUGAGGAUGACGACGAGGAUCGCGAGCUGUCCAAGGAUUACGGAUUGGCCGGCAGAGAGAAAGUUCGUCGCGCGACGUCGACGAGAAACGCGACGAGAGAGAUCACGCAGCCCGAUUACUCCGAGUCCGAAUAUUCCAGAUCCUACACGUCGAGUCGGCAGAAAGAGGAGUCGAGGGAGUUGUCGGAAUACCCCGAAUACUUUAUGAACGUCCUGCGUAUAGAUAACAAUACCGGGGAGGAUGAUUCCGACACUUCGAAGGACACGAAGCCAGAUUGUGAUACUUCCGUGGACGAUGCUCGUGGCAGAAGGUCCGCGAAACUCUCGGAACGCGCUCCGCGCGCGAUUAAUGUGCGUAGGAACGAAAGAACUUUGGCCGUGGACAAUAGGGUGCUAUCGAAGAGGAGGAAUCGUCAUUCUUCAAUGGACAAGAAACCUGCCAGGAACUUGCAGAAUAGGAGCAUUAGAAGAAGAAGAAGAAGAAGAAGACGGGCCAACGAAUGGAAGAAGGAAGACUCCGCGACGGAUAGUAAUUACAACUCAAAUUCGCAGGAUGACUCCUCGGCAUGCAGAUCCGACGGCAGGAAAGGGGAUGCGCGCGGAACCGCGAGAAACGGACGUAAACCUUGCGACUUGUGUAACACGCGACGACACUCCGGCAAUCUUACGAAUAACGCCUGCACGUGCAAGAGGAAUCUGCGGAACACAGCCAGCGCGAUCAUGCGGGACAUUCAGGAGCAGAUACGUGACACGGAAGUCACGCGGGAUGCCGAAAAUGCUGGCAACGCGAUUCCUGACAUCUCCGUCGAUGAUCCAAGCCAGGAACAUUCAAAAGAGAAGCUCGAUCGAGACGAUGUUUCCGUGAUGCGCGGUGAUGAGGAAGACAACGAUAAUCGACGGGAUAACGUGGAGGACCUGUUAUUCCAAGAGUCGAGACCAUCCUCUAAAAACGUCGAGCCAAAGAUUCAAUCGCCAAAUUUCACAGUGAACAGCGGUAAACGUAGGAAAAAGAGAUUAAAUAGAUGGAUGUCAUCUAUCAAUUGUGAUUUAGUCGACAGAACGCAGACAACUUACCACAGCACUUUCCACGAGUGCGAUCUCGAGUCUUCAACAACGUCGUCGCUGAAGAUAAAUAUGACGGAGAACUGGAAACCGGAAGACGGUGACAACGCCGGAAUGAUCCAUUCGUCAUUCCGGUCUUCCUUAUCCGAAGGAUGCAGCGACGAGCAUGAUAGCGCGUUGUUAUUGGCUCGAAAGAUUAUUAGCGACGAUUUGUCGAAGGACGAAAAGACCGACGAUGAAAACAAGACGAUGGGAAGCUCAUGUUACAAAUAUGAGGAUAAAUGUGACGAAACAUUGAAUAGUCAGCAGACGGAACAGGGACGUAGCAGGGAUAAUUUUAUUUACAAUUCGUCUUCGGAAGAUGAAGACACGAAGGAGGAUACGGAAUUUGAAAAUCAAUAUGACAAUCAUUUAAUGAAAGACAUAGUUACGUAUAGAAAUAAGAAUAAAGUUACCCGAAGAUCAUCGGUCGAUCAGAAUCUCGUCAAGGAUGAAAGGGAUGAUACCAAGGUCCGAACGGAAAAAGGUAUGAGAAAAACAGAAAUUCGUAGCAGAACACAUCUAGUCCACAGAAACGCAAGUGGCAAAGAUAACAACUUGGAAGAUGACAGUGAUAAAAAAGAAUAUGUUCCACAAAGAAUAACAAGGGCUUUGAUAAAGCAGAAAAAGGAUAAGGGGAAUCAUGUUGGCAAGUUAGUGUGGGGAUACUGCUCUGGAUGGUGGCCAGCUCUCAUUGUCGAUGCAGCGCAUGUAGGAAUGGUUCCGACUUCCGGCAAGUUAUGGGUAUACUGGAUCGGAGAAUCGCAAAUAUCAUUGCUCAACGAAAAGACACAAAUACAACCAUUCUCGAGGAACCUGGAACAUCGGUUGGCCCAACCUCGUAAAAAUAUUCAAUCACGCGCCAUUGACGCGACUAUACAGAUACUUCGCCAAUAUUUCGACUGUACUCUGACAAAGCCUUAUUAUUUUUGGAUACAACGGAAUAUUUCUGAUAUGGAGACACUGGACGACCUGACGUUUUACCCAUAUCCGAAAAAUAUACAAGAAAGACUAGAUGUCUUAAAGGAAAAGAACGCCAAAGUUACGGAAAAAUUUAUAUCAAGCCAGAGAAGUUCACCGGAAACAACACCGCCAAGGCAAAGCGCAGCGAAGAAGCAGAUUGCUGAUAAAUUAAAAAAUAUAAAUACGAGUUGGAAACAGAUCGAGGAUGAGCGUUUACCGUUGCAACAUCAAAAACCUGGCGUAAUUGCGUGGGCGAAAAUUGCUGGACAUUCUUGGUGGCCUGCAAUGAUUAUUGAUUACCGCGAUUGCUGCUUGAAGGAACCAAGUUUUGGUUGUCAAUGGAUCAUGUGGUAUGGGGAUUAUAAAGUUUCAGAGGUACGUCACCUAGAAUUUUUAAAAUUUCACAAAGGAAUAGACAAAAUGAAGGACUAUAUACAAAAUACAUCGAAACAAUCGUUCCUUGAGGGUGUGCUCCAAGCAUCAAAGGAUUAUUGUUCGCGUUUAGGAUGCAAGACGGAUAACUGGACUUUAACUAAUGUCAUUGAAUAUUUUUCGAAUAUGAAUAAUAUUCACGUACCAUAUAACCAAUUGCAAGUUUCAGAGUCUAACAAGAUAUAUGAUAAGUAUUCCGACGAGAUAAUAAAAAAGAUCAACGAAUUUAGAUCGAAGCCAACUGUAGAUGAUGAACGAAAGAGUGACAUAAAAGAGAGUGAUGCACUGCGGAGUGUAAUAUCAGGAGAAUCCACCAUGGAGAAAUUAUGUUUGAAAUGUUUGAAGUUUUCUAAAAGUAAAAUGGAGCAACAUCCGUUCUUUGUUGGAUCUUUGUGUAAAGAAUGCUCGAACGAGUUUAAGCCAUGCAUGUUCGUGUUUGGGAACGAUGGCAAGUGCUUUUAUUGUACCAUUUGUGCUAGCAUGGGAACGGUCAUUAUUUGCGACAGGGAAGAUUGCCCUCGUGUUUACUGCACAGCUUGUUUGAAAUAUUUGAUAUGUCCCAAAACGUAUGACGACAUGUUAUUGGAAGACCCGUGGGAAUGCUUUCUCUGUAGAGAUGAGUCUAGGCAACCUGCGAACAUGUUGUUGCAGCCACGACCGGAUUGGAAGAGCAAAGUCACCAUCAUGUUUCGCACCUGUAACUCCACAUCGGAUAAUGUGGAUCUCAAAAGUUACCAAAAGAAAAAGCGACCCAUACGCGUGCUGUCGCUUUUCGAUGGUUUGAGUACCGGUUUGCUGGUGCUUCUGAAAUUAGGACUCGACGUGGAAGUUUAUUACGCGAGCGAGAUCGACGAUGAUGCUCUAAUGGUCAGCUCCGCUCAUUUUGGCGAUCGUAUCACGUAUCUGGGAGACGUAAGAGGCAUAACGAAGGAAAAGAUCCAAGAAAUUGCACCGAUCGACUUGCUAAUCGGUGGGUCACCCUGCAAUGAUCUGAGUUUGGUCAAUCCGGCACGAAUGGGUCUCCACAAUCCUAAAGGAACGGGUAUUUUGUUCUUCGAUUAUUGUCGAAUCAAGAAACUGUUGAACAAGGCGAACAAAGGUCGUCAUUUGUUCUGGCUGUUCGAGAACGUCGCUUCCAUGCCCACCGAGUACCGAUUAGAAAUAAACAAGCAUCUGGGGCAAGAACCUGAUGUUAUAGACUCGGCAGACUUCUCACCGCAGCACAGACUGAGGCUCUACUGGCACAAUCUUCCUCUCAAUCCAUACAUGCCAUUAUUCCAAAAGCAACAAGACGUUCAGGAUAUACUGACGCCGCACUGUAAUCGUUACGCUUUAGUGAAGAAAAUACGCACGGUCACAACCAGAACGAAUUCCCUAAGACAAGGAAGCAGAGCAGAACUGAAGCCAAUUAUGAUGAGGGGUGAAUGCGACACGUUAUGGAUCACAGAGCUUGAGGAGGUCUUUGGUUUUCCGCGACAUUACACGGAUGUGAGAAAUUUGUCGGCCACAAACCGACAAAAGUUGAUCGGCAGGUCUUGGAGUGUACAGACACUUACUGCCAUAUUGCAACCUUUAUGCUCCUAUUUUAAGUGCAAUGAGAACGAGACGAGCUGAUCCGAUUGA